UAUCACGUGAGUACUAGACAGCACUAUCUCUUUGUUUUGCGAUCUCGUGUGCUUAUUUAGUCAGUGUUGUCUCAUAAACCUCGUGAAAAGCUAAGAAUGGACCUUCGUAGACCGCUGGUAACUGGAGGCCCCGACGGUACAAUUACUAGUGAGCCACGUCACGUGACUACUUUUGAGGACAGUGCUCUUUCAGACGACAAGACUUUCAUAUUGUCGGUGCUAACUUGCAUUUUUUGUUUUUGGCCUGUUGGAAUUGCGGGAAUAAUUUAUUCAGUUAAGGCACAUAAGCGUUAUGAUCGAGGCGAUGCUAAUGGAGGUGACGCUGCAGCUCAAACCUCUCGCGCUCUCAGCAUUGCGGCCUUUGUUGUUGGCACAAUCUUGUACUUUGCUGGAAUCAUCGGAGUAAUUGGUGGUUUCGCUUAACUAAAAAAGUUGCAAGCAUCAUGCAUGCAAUUUUGUGGAUGGUUGAAAUAGUUUUUGAAGCUCGGAUGUGACUUAUGACUUGGUAGUAUUUCUGUUUUGGUCCUAUUGUGAAUACAUUGUACCUUUUUAUUGGCAUGUUUUAUUGAAACAUUUAUGUUACUUACCCUGUA